UGGAAGCGGACAACGAAAAUGGGAAUAUUAAUUGAGUGGACAUGUAUGAAGCUCCAGUAAGUAGAGACAGAGAGAGAGAGAGCAGUGAUUGAUAUCCGAGCCCCACAAACCUCCAUUACACCAGUAGACCUCUUUCUUUUCUUGGUUUCUUCCUCGAUUUGAUCGUUCCUUUCUUUCUCUCCCUUUGCUUCUCUACAAAACUUUCUUUUUCUCUCUCUUUUCUUUGCCAGUAAUGGCAGUGCAUCAGUAGCAGGGAGAGAGUUUUCAUCGGGAAGGUAAAGCUUUUACCUCAGCGCCUCAAAGAUAACACAUUUCAUGAACCACCGCCUCUUCUUCUAUUGCUGAGUGAGAUCUCUCUCUUCCUUACCCCGCGUGCGCUCUGCUAUUCCACUGGAAAGCUCUUAUUUUCUCUCUCCGUCUCUCCUCCCCGCUCCCUUCCCUUUUCUUCUCCUCGCAAACAGAUAAGAGUGAGUGGGAGAGAGGGAAGUUUGCGUUUCUGGAGAGAGUUAAAUGCUUUUAAAGACCCAGAAAGAUAAACACUCAUUUCCCGAAGGAAAUCUGAGCAGUCUUUUGCAGACCAGGCAAGAGUGUAAAGCCCACAAAGAUAACAAAACUGACUCACUUCUUGCUAUUACUACUACUGCUGCUAUCCCUAUUUAGGAUUUCCUGUAAAAAGGCUGUUUGUUGUAGCAUAAAUCUCGGGAGAUCACUGCUGAUACAAUACCAACAAUCUUUAGAGCAAAAGAGACUGCGUAGGAGAGAGAAAGACGAAACAGAAAGAGAUUGAUAAAAUUGUUUGUACUACUACUAUAUAUCUAAGCACGAGGGAACUAAAGGAUAAGACAGAAGUGUGACGGAGAGAUAAUGGAGUGUGGAUCCAAUAGCACUUCUUGUAUGAUGGCUUUUGGAGGCAACAGCAAUGGACUAUGUCCUACGAUGAUGAUGCCUCUCAUGACUUCUCAUCACCAUCCUCCUACCCCUCCACAUCCUAAUGCAGACUCAUCAUCAAAUACUCUACUACUUCCUCUCCCUCCCACCAACAAUCAAGACCAAAACCCUAAUAGUGGCUGUUGCUCUUCUAUGAUUCUUGACGAUCACAACCACAACAGCAACGGCAAUACCGCCUGUUAUUUCAUGGACAACAGCACUGCUUCUGUCAAGGUCAAGAUCAUGGCUCAUCCUCACUACCAUCGUCUCUUGGCUGCCUACAUCAACUGCCAAAAGGUUGGAGCACCACCUGAAGUAGUGGCUAGAUUAGAAGCUUGUGCAUCUGCAGCGGUAAUGGGCCCAUCAAGCACGAACUGUAUCGGUGAAGAUCCGGCCCUUGACCAGUUCAUGGAGGCUUACUGUGAGAUGCUGACCAAGUACGAGCAAGAGCUCUCGAAGCCCUUAAAGGAAGCCAUGCUUUUCCUCCAGAGUGUAGAUUGCCAAUUCAAAGCCCUCACUGUUUCCUCUCCAAAUUCUGCUUAUGGCGAGGCCAAUGAAAGGAAUGGAUCUUCUGAAGAAGAAGUUGAUGUGAACAGCAACUUCAUUGAUCCCUUGGCAGAAGACCAGGAACUGAAAGGUCAGCUACUGCGCAAGUACAGUGGGUAUUUAGGCAGUCUCAAGAAGGAGUUCAUGAAAAAGAGAAAGAAGGGGAAGUUACCUAAAGAAGCCAGACAACAGUUACUGGAUUGGUGGAGCAGACAUUACAAAUGGCCUUAUCCAUCGGAAUCACAAAAGUUGGCACUAGCAGAAUCUACUGGUCUGGAUCAGAAGCAAAUUAACAACUGGUUCAUUAACCAAAGGAAGCGACACUGGAAACCAUCCGAGGAUAUGCAGUUCGUGGUGAUGGAUGCCGCCCAUUCUCAUUAUUACAUGGAUAAUGUUCUCAGUAAUCCAUUUCCAAUGGAUAUCUCUCACUGAGUUGGAAUGCAAGUGUAUUUGUAAGUAGACUGUGAAUUGAAAUGGAAGAAUUAUAAUAUAUGGUAUGCACUAAUAUGCUUUGGAGGUAGUAAAUGUAACCAACUGUUAAACUAGUGGUUCUCUUAUUAUUGAGAGAUAUAUAGUAUAAAUUUUGGACUGUUCUACACUGAACUGGAUGUGAAAUGGUUAGUUGCUGAACUGCGUGUGAAGGACUUCAUAUUUAUGUUUAAGGUCUUGAGGAAAUUGCUUCCAAUAAUUGUAACAAACAUGGUUCAUGUUUUGUUUUACUUUCUAGCUGAAGGGUAUGUUUGGAUC